GCCGGAAGUCCGGAGUAGAGCCGAAAAUCAAGCCCAGCGUCCUGGGUCCGGCCGCUGCUACUCCGAAUUCCAGCGCACGUUCUCGUCCUUGUCUCCCGCGCCCCAUAUUAGAUUUUCACGCCCAUCUCUUACAAGGUCCUGAUACCCCACCCCAAUUCCCCACGUCUUCGUUCCAGCUGCAAAUUACUGCAAAAUCUGAAGCCAUAAAAGGAACCUAUUUCCCGCCCCGGUCAGCUCUUGCCCAGACCGGUGGAGGCCCAGUAAGGUUCUCGCCGGGCUUUCUGGCCCCAUCUGCCACACUCUCCUACCUGUCCCCCGUGGCCCCUCCGCUGCCCCAACCAUGGCCCAGAAGCCGAAGGUAGAGCCCCACGUCGGACGGCUGGGAUACCUGCAGGCGCUGGUCACGGAAUUCCAGGAGACGGAGAACCAAGACGCCAAGGAGCAAGUCCUGGCCAACCUCGCCAACUUCGCCUAUGACCCCAGCAACUACCAGUAUCUGCGACAGCUGCAGGUCCUCGAUUUAUUCCUCGAUUCGCUGUCGGAGGAGAAUGAGACCCUGGUGGAGUUUGCUAUCGGAGGCCUCUGCAACCUGUGUUCAGACAGAGCCAACAAGGAGCACAUCCUGCAGACAGGGGGCAUCCCGCUCAUCAUCAACUGCCUGUCCAGUCCCAACGAAGAGACUGUGCUGUCCGCUGUCACCACAAUCAUGUACCUGAGCUCACCAGGCUCUGGCUCCCACCCCGAGCUGACCGCCAUGCCCGUGGUCCAGUGCAUGCUGCGCUUCUCUCUCUCGGCCAACACAAGGCUCCAGAACCUGGCCCAGAUCUUCCUGGAAGACUUCUGCUCCCCCAGCCAGGUGGCCGAAGCCCGCCACCGGCCAGCCGACUCUGCCCUAGGUAUCCCACUGCCAAGGACCGAGGCCCCACAGCAGCCCUGAUCCAAGGAAACCUCAAGGCCAUGGCACCCUGACUGCCAGAGACAAGACCAAAAUCCUGGUGGAUGCUUAGGAAGCAGGAGCAUCUUACCUCCCACUGAGCACAUUCCUCCCAAUCGGUGUCUUUUCAGCCAUUUUACAGGUGAGUUUUCUCAGCGAGACGGGUCUUUACACUGUGAUAAAAGGCAUUAGAUGAACUGAGGAAGCCAGAGUUUGAGAUACACGGAGGAAAUGUAUCAAAGGCAGUGCCAAAGGCUGGCACUCUCUCGACCAUCUGAAGGCGAAGGUCCUUCCUCCUGACCCACCCCACUGCCAGGCUCUCACCCUCUUCUGGGUCCCUAGAUCCAGACGCUUUGCAGAAAGCAGUUCUCCUGAGGACUCCCAGCCGGGCCUGGGGCUUAGGAGAACCGCCCGAGCUUGAGGAAGUCGGCUUCAUCCCUUAACAGAAGUGUCUGGAGUAAUUUUGUGGAACAGAAAUGAGAAGCCUCACUAAAAGCAUCUCGGGGCUCUGGGAAGCUGGGAGGGUGACACGCCCACGCCUGGGCUGUGGAGGCUGGGUACCUGCCCCACAAGCUCUCCAGGCCGGGCACUGGACAUGGUGGAUGCCGGCCCAGAGAACUCUAUGGCCCAGGAUCAACUGUUUAUCCACAUAGGCUUAUCUGCCAAGCACCAUGUUAGGGCUUCAAAGGCGAAGAUAUGGUCCCUGCUCUUGAGUGACACAGCCCAAUGACUGUUAAUGUGGCCAUCAGGCAUUAACACCAAAGCCAUGAGGGUGAUGACACAUCAGAAUACAGGCUCAGACACUUGGAGCCGCAUCUGCUCCCCACCUGAGAGCCUUGGCCCUUCUCUUGCGCCGCCAGGGCUAAGUGAGGGGGCAUCCUUGCCCCUGAAGUGUAUCUCAGGCUCUGGAGGGCUUCAGGGUGUAAGGCCAGGUGCUGCUCGGGAGACAGAGGACCAGAUACUGACGAAAAGUGUGUGGCUUGGAGUCCGCAGCAUACGCUGGUCAGCACAAAGGAAGGCGCGUGGGACCGCCAUGGACAGCUGGGGUUCAGGAGCUAUGGGGAACCCUGGCCACCUGCACUCCCUUAAGGCCAAGGAAAGACAGCUGUGAGAGAAAUGGUUUCCAGGUGGGCGUGGAGGUAGGGCGGGUUCCAGGGCCACUGGAGGUCGAGGAAGGGGAAGGCCUCCUGUCAGCCUCCUUCUCAACUGCUGCCCUCGGCUCUUGUCCCUUUACUUUCCCAAAUAAAGGGCCUGAAAAGA